AUGUUGUUGACUUUCUUUAUGUAGUUGGCUUUAUUUGGGCGAUACUUCAAAACAUAAUAUUUAUAUUCCCUAACAAUUCUACAUGCAGUUACCGAAUUUAUAAGAGAAUCUGUCAAUAAUGGUCCAUUUAUCAUCUUUCCUGCUCAAGAAGUACCACGGCGGGCAUGUGGUCAUCAGGCUGGCUUUAGGAGGUGCCACUAACAGACCUUUCUACCGUAUUGUAGCAGCUUAUAAUAAACGGGCAAGAGAUGGCAAAUACCUUGAGCAGGUGGGCUCAUACGACCCUCUCCCAAACGUACACAACGAAAAACUCGUCGCAUUCAAUUAUGAAAGAAUCAAGCAUUGGAUUGCAUGCGGAGCCCAUACGACAAAACCAGUGGCCAAACUUCUGGGAUUGGCUGGAUUUUUCCCUUUGCAUCCGAUGACAAUAACAGAAGCGGAGCGGAGACAGAAAGCAGCUUCAAGAGAAGAAGUUAAAACAGACAGUCAGGAGGAGGUGGAGCAGUGAAACCAACAGAAGAACUCUUAAUGCAAAAUCAAGUGUUCAUGUUUUUGUUUUUUUUUGUUGCGCAUCAGUAGUUAUAAUGAACAUUGUAUUUCUGUAUUUUGUUUUUUAAACAAAGAUGUCGUUUUUUGACUAUAAACAUCAGCAAGUUAAACUUCAGACAUUCAGACACUGCUUGAUGAAGGUUUCUAUGUUAAAUAAUACUAUAGAAAUCAAAACUAAGGCAACUGAAAGUGAACUCUGUAAUCAUUAAACCAUUGCAAACUCACUUUAUCCAGUCGUCGUUCAUCACUGAAGACAAAUGAUCGACUAGCAAAAAGAAAUUAAUGAAUGAUUUAACCUGAGGAACUCAUACUGAUAUUCAAAACACACAUUCUUCCUUGUUUCAUCUCAGGUCAACUGAUCAAAACCUAUAAAUGUUUGCACACAAUUGCGUAACUCCUUUACAGCAAGCGAUGUGCUGAUGUAUCUCAACUAUACACCCAUGCACUGGUAUUAAAUCAUAUUUAAUAUUCGUCAGAGAGCUCAAAUUCUGAGGUAAGCUCAUGAAAUGCAAAGGUAAUAAAUGAGUUAUGAGCCAA